AUGUUUCCCAAGCUUUUGCAGAACUUUGAAUCUGAGAUUCAAAAUGAGGGGUUAAAUACUCGAUCUGUCAUAAGAGAUGACGAGUUGUUAGAUCCAAUGGAUUCACCGCAAAUAAGGGAACCUUUGCUGAAUAUGACGCAUGACCCUAAUGUAAACUCUGUAUCUACACAAGCUUGGUCUCGACAGGAACUCACUCGGUUGCGAACAAGCGGCAAUAGUGCACAGAUCAUCAAGGAAGAUCAAGUGGACUUCGUCGAUGCGGAUAUUGAAAUGGGUGCUGUAAAAAAGAAGUCGGCCGCCUUCUAA